GGAAGACAUGAACAGAAGAUGUUUAUGUAGCUGAAACGCCUCUCAAAGAAAGAAGCAUGUUUGUUCAUGAUAAAUAUGAAUGCAACCUCCCAUUUUUCAUUUGCAUUGAGAACAAGCCACGAUGAAAACUACCACAUUAUUAACCUUCGCUAUCUUCAAUCUUCUUAUGAUCUUGUGCAAUGCAUGGAUAAGUGCAAGUGAAUGUCCUCCAAUUCACACGUAUAAUUCAUCCAACAUAGAAGCCAUGAAGGUGAGGUUUGAAAGAUGGAUUACACAACAUGGUCGAAAUUACAAAGAUAAAGAAGAAUGGGAAGUCCGAUUUGGCAUUUACCAAGCAAAUCUUAAGUUCAUAGAGUGCAAAAACUCUCAAAAUAACUCCUAUAAUCUCAUAGACAACAAAUUUGCAGAUCUUACUAAUGAAGAGUUUAUGAGCACUUAUCUCGGUUUUGGAACUAGGCUGCCUACACAUACAGGAAUCGGGAGUUAUAAACAUGGUGAUCUUCCAGAAAGCAUGGAUUGGAGAAAGGAAGGAGCAGUAACUGAAAUCAAGGAUCAAGGCAAUUGUGGAAGUUGUUGGGCAUUUUCUGCAGUGGCUGCUGUGGAAGGCAUCAACAAAAUAAAAUCAGGGAAGUUGGUUUCUCUGUCUGAGCAAGAACUGAUAGACUGUGAUGUGGAGAAUGGAAACCAAGGCUGUGAAGGUGGCCUAAUGGACACAGCAUUCAAAUUCAUAAAAAGGAAUGGUGGCCUAGCCACUGCAAAAGAGUACCCUUAUGAAGGGGUAGAUGGCACAUGCAACAAGGAAAAAGCUGGACACCAUGCAGUGAACAUAAGUGGGUAUGAGAGGGUGCCAUCUAAUAAUGAGGCUAUGCUCAAAGCUGCAGUAGCCAAUCAACCUGUCUCUGUUGCAAUUGAUGCAGGAGGUUAUGAAUUUCAGCUUUAUUCAGAAGGGGUUUUCUCUGGCAGGUGUGGGAAGCAUCUCAAUCAUGGUGUGACUGUAGUUGGGUAUGGAGAGGAAAAUAUUGGUGAUAAGUAUUGGAUUGUGAAGAAUUCAUGGGGUCUUGAUUGGGGUGAAUCUGGUUAUGUUAGGAUGAAACGUGACACUGUUGAUGAUGCUGGAAUCUGUGGCAUUGCCAUGCAAGCAAGUUACCCCCUCAAGAAUUAAGUAGUGCAGUUGGGUGGUUGUGAAUGACAAAUGUGACUUUACCUCAACAAAUUCAUGUACACUCAUAAUUUAUGAGAAGUUGCACUUCAACCA